AUGGACAGCGCCUUGGACAGCUUGGACGCUGCACGUUUCUUACAGAUCUGGCAACAUUUCGACGUAGACGAUAACGGUUACAUCGAAGGAAAGGAGCUGGACGCCUUCUUCCAACACAUGCUGGAAAAAUUUGGGAUGAAGAGGGAGGAGAUAAAUGAAGACAAAAUCAGAAGACUGAGAGAAAGAUUCAUGUCUGCGUGUGACACCACAGCUGACGGACGUCUGCAGAUACAAGAGCUGGCCACCAUAAUGCUGCCAGAGGAGGAGAACUUCCUGCUUCUGUUUCGCAGAGAGACGCCACUGGACAACAGCGUGGAGUUCAUGAGGAUCUGGAGAAGCUACGACACAGACAGUAGCGGCUACAUCUCAGCGAUUGAGCUCAAGGGCUUCCUCCAUGACCUCUUCCUCCAACACAGGAAGUCCAUCACCACUGAAAAACUGGAGACGUACACUGACACCAUGAUGAAGAUGUUUGACAAAAACAGGGAUGGCCGACUGGACUUAAAUGACCUGGCCAGAAUCUUGUCCCUGAAAGAGAACUUCCUACUGAAGUUUAAGAUGGAUGCUUGCAGUCAAGAGGACAGGAAGAGAGACUUUGAGAAGAUAUUUGCUCACUAUGACGUUAGUAAGACAGGCGAGUUAGAGGGCCCUGAAGUGGAUGGAUUUGUCAAGGAUAUGAUGGAGCUGGUGAAGCCCAGCAUCAGUGGCACGGACCUGGACAAGUUCAGGAAAGCCCUGAUGAGUCACUGUGACAUCAACGGAGACGGAAAGAUCCAGAAGAACGAGCUGGCUCUCUGUCUCGGCCUCAAACUCAGCUAGUGGACCCUCACAAAAUGUCCCACUCGUGGCUUUCUUUCCUCCAUCACUAUUUACUUUCAACCUCCACCCUUCCAUCUUCCUACUUCUUAUUUAAACUUCUGUCUUCCUUCCCCCUUACAAUUUUGAUGUUUGUCUUUUACUUGUUCCACCCAUCUUAAUUUCUGGAAGUGUAUCUCCUCCCUUACUGGCUCUCACUUUUUACUUAUCUACAUGUUUUAUGCUGGUUAAUAUAAGCACACUACAUUUCCAUAAUUUUAUAUAAAUUUUUCUGUAUUCAAAUUCCCAGCCGAGGUUAGAGUUGUAAGAUUCCAAAAAUAUCUAGUUGCUGUUUUUAAGGACUGCAUGGCAUGCUGCUUCUUUGUAAUGUGGUAUUAUAGGACACAUUGUUUGCAUGACGUUGUUGUGAAACCAGUAACAUGAAUGAUGGUUAAUAAAAAGUAUGAAAUCUU